UCUAGCACACAGCGUUGCCCCUCUGUGGUGUGGGCUCCAGUGGCACAGUGGCGGCGGUGGUAGCGGGGAACGUCGUUGUAGUAGUGCUGUGUGUAGUGCUGUGUGGAUCAGUGGGUGUUGUACUUGUUUGACCACCACGUCACUUGUCCCCUUCCCUGGUGGAGUGAGGGAAAUCCCUGUGCUCGUCUUUUGUCCCAGUAGUGAAACCCAGUUUCUCCAACUUCACCCUGACUUAACCCCAGCCCGCCUCCCCUCAAUACUCUUUCUCUUGCUCUGUGUCCCCGCCGUUUCCCUCUCCCCUCCCUGCUGCACACCGCCCCGCCACUGCCGUCACCCCCUCCAGGCUCCACCUGACUCUUGACUACCAGUCAGCGUCUCACUGCGCCACGCGGCUCUCUGGGAUUGCUCGGCAUCCACUCCCCAAAUAGGUUGUUGCCCAUCUGCCCCGAUUGCCCACCGCUGGCACCACCACGCUGGUCAUCUCUUCUAGGAGAAAAGCAACACAUACACACACAACACGCGCAAAUGAUGGUGGGCAUGAUGGAGUGUUAAGCUGUGGCGUUGAAUCGUGUUGCUUCCUUGUGUUUGUUGCUGCGUCAGUGCUUAGCAGAGCGUUGUGUUGCAUCAUGACAAUUGCUUUGAAAACCACCUUCGGCUCAGUGUUGUAAGAACCCGCGGCAGUAUGUGGCCUCGCCUCCGUGAGUAACAGAACUAUACCGGCAGAUUAUGACACAAGUAACGACAGAUAUGAGUCUGUAAUUGAAGAGCCAUGACAAGCAGCAUGAGGAAAGACUGCUGACGCAGCAUGUAACACAAACGCGCCAAGUAAACUUCAUGCAACAAAGGAACUGCAUCAUUAAUUUUUGCCAAAGUGUGUCAGAAGAAGCUUUGACGAGGGGAACAGACACAGGUUACAGAAGAAGCCGAGACGUGAAGGUGACGUUCCGAGGGCGUCUUAAGGUACAGUGGUGACGAGACCGACGACAUCAACACUAAACAGAGGGAAGACGCACGCCUGCACCCAACAAUAACAGUAUAACCCAUUGAGGCAGAGAAAAGCAAGACCAACACACCCCUGCUUUUAAAACAGCUCUUUCUGCCUGUCUGCCCUCCACCCCUCAGUCACUCCCUGCAUACAGCAUACCUACGUAUAUGCUCCCCUCCCUCUUUCUUCACACCCUCUCUCACUCGCUUCUUACCUAACCGUCACCCUGCCUCCUCUCUGCUCCUCUCAGCAACAAACAUACUGCUCUGCUUUGCUUCUCACGUCUGUCUGUCUGUAUAUCUGUCUGUCUCGCUCCUCCCCGUCUCUUCUUACUUCCUGCCUCCACAGAAUGUGUUUAAAAGAGGAUGGAAGUUCCUCCUCCUCCUCAACCUCCUCCAACUCCUCCACUCACCCCGCCUCCACCACCACCUCCCACCCCAACACCUCUUCCUCAGUCCAAUCUUCCUCCACCUGUUCCUUCUCCCUCACACCAAGAACGCAGCCGAGAAGAAAGCCCAGAAAGGGGUCACCUAGCAUCAGGCUGCAAGACCCCCCCGCCCCCCCACCCCCUGCUGGCCACGUUGCGGGGCCGCUUGCGCAGGCUGAUGAUGACCACUGAGACCGAAAGUGUUGAGGAUGGAGGUGGUGGCAGCGGCAGUGGUGGUGGAGAUGGUGGUGGAGGAGGCAGUGGAGGAGGAGGUGGUGGUGGAACAGCAGAUCGUUCCACCAGCGGCCAUAGCAGUGGCAGCAGUAGUGGUGGAGGAGGGAGUAGCAGCGUGGCGGAGGAGGCCUCGGCGAAGGUGGCUCGGGUAAACACUGCUUCUACUGUGAGCCGUUCAACUAUUGUGCAGGACAGCAGUAUGGCAGAAGCUACCACUACCAGCCGUUUUUCCACUGCCACCACUAAGGUCAAAACAAUUAAGAUUGUCAAGAAAACAAGCCCCCUCAUUGCCAGUGCCAUCUCUGACCUCAAUAGCCGGGCAGAGGCUUCCCUUGGCGGUGCGUCACCUCGUCGACCCCUUGCUUGUGGGUCCAAGAAGAUGAUUCGCCCCAUCAAGAUCCAGCAGGAGACACCAACUACUACAAAAUCGAGCAACAAAGAUGUAUCCAAAGCUGCUGAUGGAAAAGUAAUUGAUGUUAAGGUGAAGGAAACAAAAGUGGAGGUUGUGAAGGUGUGUGACUCAAAUUCAAAAGAGACUAAUGCAGCUGGAGCAUCAACCAGCUCAACAGUGAGUAGUGAGAACACACAAGAGGUGCCUGGCAAGGCAGUGACUGUAAGUAAUGUUCAGUUGAGUGAGAAUGAGGCUUCAUGCAGUACAGGUAAAGUCAUUCCCAUUAUCAGAAAGGGUUCCCCUGGGCCCAAACAAUCAUCCAAAGUGGUAACAACUACUGGUAAAGCAACUAAAAGUCUUAAUAAUGCAAAGGACGCAUUGCGACCUAAACGUCAGUCUUCCCCAUUGUCCAAGACAGAGGAGUCUGCACAGACCAAGCAAGAUGCUCCUCAGACUGAGCAAACCAGACUUCCUAGUGAAUCUGAGAAGGUUGCAGUGGAGGCUUCACUCAGCUGUACAACAAUUGAGAAUCCUGAAAACUCCAAGGUAGCAACUGCUUCUUCGUCAGCGUCUGUAUCUUCCUCCUCUUCAGUUUCCUCCUCUGCCUCUUCAGGCUCUGUUUCCUCAAACAAGACUGUUAAGGCUGUUAAGGUGAAGAAGCCAGCCAAGACAAGGAAACAGGAGUCAACUGAAGUGGCACCUGAUGACACCACCACCAGUGAAGCUGCAGCAUCAGAGAGGUUAGGCCAGAAAAAAAAUUUAGAAGGAAAGGCAGAUAAAGGAAAUAAUGACAGUACCAAAGAUAAGGUGGAGAAUAAUGGAAAGAUUAUGAAUAUGGAAAAUGGAUUAGAAGCAAAAGAUGGUGAGCCAAGUGAUGAAAGUUGUGUAACAGAAGCUAAAGACAACAAAACAAAGAAUGAAAGUAAAGAAACAAAGAAAGAUGUAAAGAGUAAAAUGAAAGAGAGCAAAGCAAGCUGUGAUAAUGUAAAUGAAAAGGAAGAGAAGAUGGAAAAUGACACUAGCACAUCAAAGGUAAAUGAUGAUGAAACAGAAAGGGAAACAAAUGAAAAGAUUGAGAGCAAAAUUGAAAUUGAUGAAAUUACAAGUAUAGCAAGGAAAGGGGAAGGAAAUGAGGGGGAGAACAAAGCAGAAGACAUUAGGUUAACAAAUGGUGAGACAGGAGAACAUGAAAAGAAGCAGGAGCAGCAUCAGCACCCACAGGAACAAGAUGUUACACUGUCAAUCACACAAGCACCAGCAAUACCACCUCCUCCUCCUCCUCCUCCUCCUCCUCCUCCUCCUCCUCAGAGCAUCAAGAAGAGCAAAUUAGUUGGCAAAGUGAAGGCCAGAAAAGCUGCCACUAUCCAAGAUAUUGCCACAGAAGAUGGUCAGACCUCCCCACAAGAGGCAACAGGAGUACCAGAGAUCAGUGUCAGUGGAGCGGCAGCAUCAUCCAGUGAUGUGCCCAAGAUAGAUAUCAAUGGUGAAGGUGAUGGAGAGGAGGAUACCCAAGUGACUAACACGGAGUCAGGUGCUGUAGCCAACUGGGACCCUAAAGCAGAAAGGGAUACAGAGGAGCCAGAGCUGGACAGUGUGUGUGUGGUGGUGCGUGACAUGAGCGGCUUCAAUACUAGUGUCAACCAGGUCACUCUAGCCAUGUCCACACAAUCCACGUGUGGCCAGCUGAUGGCAGAGGUGGGACGGAGAUUCAAGUAUGACCCAGACUCUUUCUCCCUCGUGCUGCAGUGUUCUAAUGGAGAUCAGGUGGAAGUUGAGAAAAUGGAGGCAGAGAGAGCCCUUGCCCACGCCAGGUUCCGGAUAGAAGGCUCAGCACGAAACAACCUUAUCCUAUGUGAUUUGGGUGGCCGUCCACCCCGACGGGCUGAUGAUGAUGACCUUACCUUGGGGGCAUCAGCUUCACCCACCACCACCAUUGCCAUCCCAGCCACCACCACCACUGAGAAGACAGCGCUAGAACGUUCCUUCAUUGCUUAUGACACCUCCGCCACCACGUCAGACUACUCUUCCUACUCAUCACCACUCAUCAAGCAUGACUCUGGUUUUGUAGGGCUGGUGAAUCAGGCCAUGACUUGUUACCUCAACAGUCUGCUGCAGACUCUCUUCAUGACUCCAGAAUUUCGUAAUGCCCUGUAUCAAUGGGAGUUCAAGGGUACUGAGGAAGAAGCAUCAAAGAAUAUCCCAUGUCAGCUGCAGCGCCUCUUUCUUCAGUUGCAGACCACUACCAAAAGUGCUGUAGAGACCACUAAGCUGACACGCAGCUUUGGAUGGGACAGCAGUGAGGCAUGGCAGCAACAUGACAUUCAAGAGUUGUGUCGAGUAAUGUUUGAUGCGCUGGAGCAGUGCUUUAAGAACACCCAUCAGUCUGACCUCAUCAACACACUCUAUGAAGGGAAGAUGAAGGAUUAUGUGAAGUGUUUAGAGUGUGGCAAUGAGCGAGCACGGGAGGACACCUACCUGGACAUUCCUCUCCCUAUCAGGCCCUUUGGCUCCACCUCAGCUUACAAGAGUGUGGAGGAAGCAUUGCGGGCCUUUGUUUCACCAGAGGUCUUGACAGGCAACAAUCAGUACAAGUGUUCACGUUGUGAUGCUCUCUGUGAUGCACAUAAGGGUCUCAAGUUCACUCGUUUCCCUUACCUUCUUACAAUACACCUCAUGCGUUUUGACUUUGACUAUCAGACGCUUCACCGCAUCAAGCUCAAUGAUAAAGUGACCUUUCCAGAUGUGCUGGACCUGAACCACUUCAUUGAUGGUGACACAGGAAUGAGGGGAGAGGAAGGAGGGGACAAGCCUGCUAGUGGUGUGGAUGAUUCAUCCACCACUGACUCUGGCUCUGCCCUGGAUGCAGAGGAUGCCUCUUUGGAGAACACCUCUGCCUCUUUGCCAGAGAGUGAUAAUCAGGAAGAAGAUGAAGGUAUAGAUGUGAGCAGCAGCAGUGCAUACAACAAUGAACGCAAUCGUGCCUGGGGAGCUGCUAGUGGUGGGGGACCCUACAUGUAUCAGCUGUUCUCCAUCAUGGUCCACUCAGGCAGUGCUUCUGGUGGUCACUACUAUGCCUACAUCAAGGACUUCACCAGUGGGGAGUGGUACUGCUUCAAUGACCAGAGUGUGACCAAGAUUACAUAUGAUGACAUUCGCAAGACAUAUGGUGGGAGUGGCUCUUCACGGAGUGGUGGUUACUAUUCAAGCUGGAGUUACAGUGCCAAUGCCUACAUGCUCAUGUACCGACAGGUGGACCGUGAACGUAAUGUGUAUUCCCUCACCACUGAAGAGUUCCCUCAGCAUAUCAAGGAUCUCAUAAAGAGAAUGUCAGAAGAGGAAGCAGCUGAGCGUGAACAGAGAGAACUGGAGCGUUCUACGUGUCGCAUCAAGCUGUUUUGUCGGAUACCUGGUCAGAGUCAGAUGGUUGAGCGCAAGCUGAGAGUGCAUAAGUAUUCCACCCUCACUGAAACCACCCUUCAGGCUUACAAGGAGCUCGGCCUUGAGAACAUAGUUCCUCUGGAGCGAUGCCGCCUGGUCAAGUAUGAAGAGUUCCAUGAGAGCCUUGAGAGCUCUUUUGAGGGACAGGAGGAGGAACCUAUGUAUGAAGUUCUUGGGGGAGUACGCACAUCUUACAAGUUUGAUCUCCUGAUGGAAAUUCGUGAUGAGGACAAGCAGUUUGAAGUGUACAAGCCAGGAGGCACAACCAUCAAGGCCCAUGUUGUCAACCUUAGCACAGAGGAGGUGGAGGGUCCCUUCACACUGAGGGGCAGCUUGAGUAUGACAGUGCAGGAUCUGAAAGAGCUACUUGGCCGCUCUCUUGACCUCAAUCAUGAGACCAUGCGGGUGGUGUUGGAGCGAUACUAUAAUGACCUUCGACCCCUCACCUCAGACACCAAAACACUAAAGAUGGAGGGCUUCUACAGAUCUAACAAGGUUUAUGUGGAAGCUUCAGGAGAGGAAGCUGUGGACUUCUUCAGUGGGUCUCAAAUGUAUAGCAUCCUUGAUCGCUAUGAGAACACCAUUACUCUUUAUUGCCCACUGCCUGAUACUUCUCCAGAAGCCUUGGAAGAGUUACAAAUUCCACCUUACAAGGAGGAAGUAGUAGUAGAGGCCACAGCAGAGACAGAAGGACCAUGCAGUACAGUAGCAACUGAUGAACCUACCACACCCUCAACUACCACCACUACCACUACUACAGCUUUGGCUACAGAAACUACUGAUAUUACUGCUUCCAGUGCACCACCACCUGCAUCAUCCCCUGCUGAGAGUGCUGCAAGCCCUGCCAGUUGUUCCAGCAAAGACAGUGGGAUCAGCAGCAAGGGAGGUAUCACUGAUACUGGCAGCAGCAGUGAUGGUAGUGGCACCAUUAGCAGAGGGAGCUCUCUUGUCAGUCCUACCUCCUCCUCGUCAUCUUCUUCCCCCACCACCUCCACUUCCUCUCCUUCCUCGUCCUCCUCCUCUUCCCCAUCCUCAGUCACCCAACAGACCUCACCACAGCAACAGCAUCUUCCUUCUCCAUCCCCUCUAGCUGUAACUACCAUCACUACCAUCACCUGUGCAACACCCUCUUCCACCCCAACUGCCUCCCCCACUGCAGCUUCCACCACCUUAGUAUUGGGGAACUGCAGUGAUGGAGAGGAUGAGGGGAUAGCUGAUGCAGACAGUGGCACUGGUUCCUCACAUGUAAACAGUGACCAGAGUGCUAGUGAGGAUUCAUCUCUCACUAGUGAUAGUGACAGAACUCUAGUUGGUGAACCUCCUGAGGAUCGUCUCUCAGACACCAGCAAUAGCCCAGAUUACCACAAUGUGUCGCCACCCACUGAUCCUGUUGGGGCUGCCACAGCUGCCACCUCUGCCACCACUGCUGAUGCCAAGGCUGGUGAUGAGACCGGGGGGGGUUGGGGUUUGCCUAUCUUUCAGGACACUGAUGCUGCAUGGGGUGAUGAUGAGAAAACCACCCCUCAGCUCAAGAGGUACUUCAGAGCAGAGUAUUUCACUGAAGAAGACACUGGAGCCCGGAUGCUGCGGGUGUGGGUGGACAAGCGCAUCACCAUAGGACAGUUGAAAAAGGAGAUGCAACGAUGGGUAGGAGUGUCUCAAGAUCACUUCAAGCUUUUCAAAAUAUACUCAAAUAGCCAAGAGUUUGAGUGUACCAGGAUGACGGAGAGCCUGACUUCUUAUGGAGACAACACCCGGCUCAGUGUAAGGCUUGGCCGUGCCCUUCUUCCAGGAGAACAUCGUGGCAAAGUGUAUCUUCUAGAGCCUCACAACUUUGAGGAUCCCUCAAAAUUCCUAAUUGACUGGGUAGUACGCAAAGGUGACACUGUAGCCAAUGCCAAGCGUGCUAUUGUGCGAGAGGUGAAUGCUCGGUGCCCAGGAAUGAACUUGGUCCCUGAAAGAGUACGGCUUCGCAAGAAGAGCUGGAAGACUCCACAAGCCAUUUAUCUUGACCAGCACAAGUUUGAUGAUGAUAUUACUCUCUUCUCCAACUGGGAACUGUUCCUUCAGGUGCUAGAUGGGCCAGAACAGAAGACUGCCAAUGUUGACGAGUUAGCAAUCUUUGUCAAGCGGUGGCGGCCAUCUUCACACACCACAGAUCCCCUUACUGAAAUCAUCAUCCCAGAGCCAACCACCUCUGCCCUUCGUGCCAAGCUGUCAGAGGUGUCAGAAAUAGCAGCAGAAAACAUAGAAUUUGCAAAGGGCAAGGGCACCUUCCCUUGUGACAUGUCAGUGCUGGAUAUAGCCAGUGAAUUGGACUGGUCACCCCGCACAGGCCAGCUGGAUCAACGGCCACUGUAUAUUAUGGAUGAUGGAGCCAUGAUCUACUACAGAGACAAGACUGAGCCUGUUAAGGAACUGACAGAAGAACAACGGAGAGAUUUAGCUGUAUCAGAGAAUCAGCGGCUCAACAGAGAAUCCCAAUAUUGCCCUUCCUCUUCCUUUACCCCCUCUACCUCCUCCUACUCCACUCUCCGCUCCAGGGAAAAGGGCCUCAAGAUAUACCUCAACCAUGAUGACUGAGUGGAGCACAUGUGGAGGCUGGGAGGCACUUGUGGAAGCCUGGUUGGUUUCUAAGUGUUGCAUAUAGUUGUGAAUAAAAUUUUGUGAACAUUUGAGUUGUGUGAGAUGUGGUUAAGUGGACUGGAAGGGAAGGAGAAAAGGGUAAGCAAAAUUAACAUGUUCCAUUUAUAGACUGGCACCACUAAAUGGUUCAGGUUAUUAGAUUAGAAGUAAGAGGCCUACCUUUCACCCAUAGUAAUCUUGACUUUGAACAAUUGAAAUUACCAUUUAAACCUGUUACUUAAUGGUUUAUAAUGCUUUCAGGUAAUUCGCUAUUCUUAUAAAGCCUUUGGAUAUUCUUAAGGCACUGCUAAUAUUUAAAUAUGGUUUUAUUCUUUUAUUUUAUUUAUUUACUUGUAUUUUUCAUUCUUUCUUCCUCAGUACUAUUCUCCAAAUAUUAGAAGGCCUUAUCUUCAAAAUAACCUUGAAAAUUCAGUGUACACAGGUUUUGUGGUAGUGGUUUGUCUUGCCUCCUGUGUGUGUGGGCUGCACUGGUAAUUGAAAACCUUCCACUUGAACCUAAAAAAGCCUUAUCUUAAACUUCUUAGUACUGGUGUAUUCUCAAGCUUUCUCUUUGACUUACUUCCUCUAAACAGGCCUCUUUAACUACUGAUACAGAUGUCCUCUCUGGACUGAGUAGUAACAGAUCCAAAAGGAUCUCAAAGUCACACAAAAUGGCCUUUCUCUCUCUGGACAGGAAAUCCUCUGUAUGUCUGCCUUAUCUUUAAAAUUAAUGGCCAAGAAGCCUCUCCUUCCUCUGGCCGUUGUUUUAUACUGUUGAUAACACUUAGCUCAUCACCAUUUUGGGUGAACUGUAAAUAGUGUGUGUGUGUGUGUGUGUGUGUGUGUGUGUGUGUGUGUGUGUGUGUGUGUGUGUGUGUGUGUGUGUGUGUGUGUGUGUGUGUGUGUC